AUGGGUGGAUGGCAGUGGGGCAUGCGUGUUACGCCAUUCCUGGGCGCGCUAUCUGUGAUGCUGAUUGCACUUGUAAUGUACGAGCCGAAACGUGGCGAAGCGGAAAAAGCUGACGGCGCUACUGCUGUUGUGGAUACUCUGGAAACUACAUACUGGGAAGAUAUCAAAGCCAUCUGUAAAAUGUCUCUUUGUUUUCAAUCUUUUUCUGAAACAAACUGA